UUCAAUGCGCGUGCGCGCGUGGAUCGCACAGGCAUGUACCUUGGGUAGCCGCAAACCUUAUUCAUAACAACAAAACUAAAACUUAGCGAAUUUUGCACGAGGUGCACUGUUGUAAUUGCUGCGAUGGUGCUAAAGCUGUACGCACUAGAAAUAUAUCUUGUGGCGUUCACAGUGCUUUGUGUUUGUAGAAGUCCAUAGUUUUGUUAUAGCAUUUCUUUCAUACGGAACGAAAUCUUUCUCUAGCAUUUAUUGACGGUACAACCAUGUCCGUACAAAGCGACUGCGACUAUUUGGUCAAAAGAGCAAAAGACCUGGUGAACGAAGACCCCUGGGCUGCCAAAGCAUGGUUGAUCACCGCCAGAACUCUCUAUCCUUCUGAUUUUAAUAUCCAGUAUGAAAUGUACAUCAUUGAACGCAAUGCUGAGAGAACUGCCUCUGCUGGAAGACUACUCUAUGACAUAUUUGUAAAUUUUCCUGAUCAGCCUGUGGUGUGGAGGGAGAUCAGUGUAAUCACAGCAGCUUUACGAAGUGACUGCCAAGACAAAGAGACCGACUUUUUACGAGACUUAUUUGAAACUCUUCCGGGAAGAGUGCAGUGCGAAAUGUUGCUUAAAGCCACAGAACAGUGUUUUAAUACUUUGGAGAAAGCUGAAAUGCUACUGCUAUUGCUUAGACGUUUUCCUGAUUCUGUAGUCCAGCAUGGGGUUAGUCUUGGAGAGACCCUGCUUGAAGCUGAAAACAUUGAAGACCAGGAGACACCUGUUAAUUGCUUUAGGAAAUUAUUUGUUUGUGAUGUUUUGCCACUUAUUAUCAACAAUCUGGAGAUGUGUUUGCCUUCAAAUUUAUUGCUUAAGUACCUUCACAAAUCAGCUGAAUUUUACAUUGCCUAUGUUAGCAAAGCAGCAGUUGCUGAAAGCCAGCACCAAGGUCCUCAGGAUUCAGGUAAUCUUAAAUCCCCCAAUAAACGGAGCUCUCAAAAAUACAUUAUAGAAGGGUUAACAGAGAAGUCCUCUCAAAUUUUGGAUCCCUGGGAAAGAUUACUAGAGAUUCUGAUUAUGGUUGGAGCUCGCUGUGAGUGGCAAAUGGACAAAGGCAAAAGAGGGUUUGCAGAUAUUUUAUCUCGAAUGAAAGAUCUCUGCAGGUAUAUCAACAGCUUUGAAAAUGAAGCUCAUUUGAAAUACAGGAACCAAGUGGUUUAUUCAACAAUGCUGGUCUUCUUUAAACAUGCAUUACAGUACGUGAGCAUGGUGCAGGGAUCUCUGUUUCAAGGAUCCAACACUCCAAACCAAGCACCGUGGAUUCUGGUAGAAGAUCUGUCAAAUGUCUAUGGUGAUGUUGACACAGAGCGCAACAAGCACAUACAUAAGAAGCGUAAGCUUGGUGAUGGCAGGGAAAAAACAAUGAGUUCAGAUGAUGAAGAAUGUUCUAUAAAGUUACGGGGUCGUCAUAUUCUUGUAAGCAAAACUGAAUUUCCUGACUCUGCAGAAAUGUUGGAGUGCUUCAGAAUCGCCCGUGAGAGCUGGGAACUACUACACACACAGGAUGCCUUAGAGAAUGAGUUCAAGAGAAUUUGUUUAUCAUGGAAAACAGACUCUUGGUUGUGGCUGAGGAUAUUCUUGACAGACAUGAUUAUUUAUCAGGGCCAUUACAGAAAAGCCAUUGCAAGUCUCCAUCAGCUGACAGCUAUUCUCUCAACUCAUCAGCAGUCUCCUUGUCAAGGUUCCCUAGAACAGCAUCGGCCUCUUGUCCAACUGGCAUCUUGUCACUUCGCACUUGGAGAAUACAGACUGACUUGUGAAAAUCUCUUAGAUUUGAUGUGUUAUGUUGUACCCAGUGUUCAAGAUGAUGUUGGAAAAGUUCCAGUAGAAAUGCCAAAACCAAAGCAAAAGAUUCGUAAAGGUAGAGACCUCAAGCUCCUUUGUUGUUCAAGUAAAGCUGUUAUGCCUUAUUGUCUGCAAAUGAUGCUGGCUUGUUUUAAAUUGCGAGCAUUUACAGAUAAUAGAGAUGACUUGGCAUUAGGUCAUGUAAUUGUUCUGCUACAACUUGAAUGGCCACGGGGUGAAAAUCUGUUCCUUAAAGCAGUUGAAAAAAUCUGUCAACAAGGAAACUUUCAGUAUGAGAAUUUUUUUAAUUAUGUUACCAAUAUUGAUAUGCUGGAAGAGUUUGCCUAUCUCCGAACAGCUGAAGGUGGGAAGGUCCACUUAGAACUACUGCCAAAUCAAGGAAUGCUGAUCAAGAACCCUAGCCCUUCUGUUGGGCUCCUACUGCAGGAGUUUUUACCAAUCCUGCCGCCCGGCUUGCAGACUGUCGACAGGCAUCACACAGUGACCCGGGGGAUCACUAAGGGUGUCAAGGAGGAUUUUCGCUUAGCCAUGGAGCGCCAAGUGUCCCGCUGUGAAGAGAACCUCCUGGCUGUGCUCCAUCGCUUCUGUAUCAACGAGAAGAUCAUACUUAUUCAGACGCUGGUAUAAAUCUUCCUAAAAGGAUACAAUAUUAUAUAUAGUCUGUUAUAAACGCAUCAAAUCCUGACAAAACAAA